AUGGCUUCGAGGUUUAUCCAGAAUUUCAGAUUAUCGAAGGAAGCUUUUCGAGAUUUAUUGAAUGAAAUAGAAGACCAACUUAAAAUAACAAAAACUGAACGCGCUGUACCUAAUAUCAUAAAGCUGGCAUGUGCUUUAAAAUUUUGUGCACAAGGAAGCUAUCAACUGAGCUUAGGCAACGAUUUUAAUUUAGGUUCAGCUCAACCUACUGUAUCAGUUUGUUUAAAAGAGGUGUUCAACGCAGUUGAAAAGCGUUCAUGUCCGAAGUGGAUUAAAUUUGAGUACAGUAAAGAGGAAGAACGACGUGCCAAAAUUUAUUUUUACGAAAAAACGGGCUUCCCAAAUAUUGUGGGUUGCAUAGAUGGAAGUUACAUAAAAAUAAUAAGUCCAAAAGAAGAAGUAAAACAUUUAUACUACAACAGAAAAGGAUUUUGUAGUUUAAAUGCAUUGAUAGUAUGUGACCACGUAAUGAACAUACGUUAUGUGAAUGCCAAAUACAAAGGAAGUUAUCACGAUUCGCAUAUUUGGAACGUGUCAGCUUUAAAAGCUAAAAUUGAGAGUGAUUAUCGUAGUGGACGAAAUGAUUUUAAAUUUCUGAGUGAGUGA